AAGUGCUUAGUACAGUGCUCUGCACACAAUUUCACCUGUUGAGAUGAAUGGCCACCUGGGAGUUAGGACUUUUAAAAGCCUGUCUGCUCAUUGUUGCCACCAGCGCCCUUCCUGGUUUCCUCUUCCUCAUCUCAUCGGGCUAGAUCAUGGCACCAAAGGAAGUAUCUGCAGGCCAAAAUGGAACCCCAUUUGCUCUGGGUUAUCUCUAGCCGGGCUAAGAAGGUGCUACCAUCGAGACGCCAGGGUGCUGUGGAAGCAUAAAGCGCUGCAAAAAUAUAUGGAGAACCUCUGCGAGGAGCAUCAAAGCCUUGGUCAAUUACUGGAACGUGUCUCAGUGAGCGAAGCAGAUCGAAAGACUCUGAGUAAAAGACAAGCUCAGCUCUCUCCCCUUGCCGCCAUUUAUCAGGAAAUUCGGGAAGCAGAAAGGGCUGCCGAAGAGUUGGAAUCGAUGUGUCAAAGUCUUGAUGGUAGAGAUGAAAAACAACUCCUGGAACUUGCUGUAGGAGAAAAGCGGGCCACUGAACAAAAAAUCAAUUCAUUGUGCAGGGAGCUCUUCCAGGGUUUAGUGCCAAAGGAAAAGGAUGACAAGAAUGAUAUUAUUUUAGAAGUCAUAUCUGGCAGAACAACAGGAGGUGAUAUCUGCCAGCAGUUUACCAAAGAAAUGUUUGAAAUGUACCAGAAAUAUGCAUAUUAUAAACACUGGACCUUUGAGAUUCUUAAUUAUACCCCAGCAGACUAUGGUGGGCUGCACCAUGCUGCUGCCCGUGUUUCCGGAGACCGUGUCUACAGGCACCUGAAGUAUGAAGGUGGAAUUCACCGCGUCCAGCGAAUUCCUGAAGUGGGCUUGUCAUCAAGGAUGCAGCGUAUUCACACUGGGACCAUGUCAGUUAUCAUCCUCCCUCAACCUGAUGAGGUGGAUGUUAAAGUGGACCCCAAGGAUUUGCGUAUAGACACGUUUCGAGCCAAAGGAGCUGGAGGACAACAUGUUAAUACAACUGACAGUGCUGUAAGAAUUGUUCAUACUCCCACAGGGCUAGUGGUGGAGUGCCAACAGGAACGAUCACAACUUCGAAAUAAAGAUACGGCCAUGCGAGUGUUGAGAGCCAAACUCUACCAGAAGACCCUUGAGAGAGAACAGAGUCAGAAACUCAGUGCUAGAAAACUGCAGGUAGGAACCAGAGCCCAGUCGGAGAGAAUUCGAACCUAUAACUUCACUCAGGACAGAGUCACAGACCAUAGGAUUUCUUAUGACAUUCGCAAUAUCAAGGAGUUUCUAGGUGGUGAGAGGCCUCUGGACAUGCUAAUCCACAAUCUGCUGCUCUCAGCAAAUGAAGAAGCAGUUGUUGAACUUCUGGAUAACUUCAAAUCAUCCCAGGAGAGCAGCUAAAUGGAUUUAAUGUCAAAUAGAAGCCUGCUGGAGUCUUAGCCAGGUCAAAAUGAAAUAAUUAGAGAAAUGUGGUUGAAAGUGUUCAAAUUAACUUCAUUAAAAAAAACCACCACCAACAACAAAAAAACCCACAACAUUUUAUUUAGAAAAUAUUUCCUACCUACAGGUCGUCAUUUGGUCUUUGCAUUUAUUCAUCUGUAACUUGUAUUGAUUCCCCCCUCCACUUCCCACCCUUCUCCUCUGUCUCAACAUUCUCUGAGGAUCCGGGAGGGUAUACUUAUGAAGUACUCUGAGAUUACCAUCUGAAAGUUUAUUUUAGUUCUGUGUUUUAUUCUAUUUCUAAAAUGAGGCCUCUAGCCUAAGCAUUUAUUGAGCACUUACUGUG